GCGCCUGCGCUAUCCGUCACCGCCCUCCCUUUGUGUCGUCUCCCGGUACUCAGUUUGGAACGGCUUGGAGACAAAGGGGCCUGAGAGGGAAGCUGCUUCCUAGUGCCGAGCCCCAGAAGAGGUGGAUAGGCCCGAGGGGCGCCUUCCCUAGGCCUUAUCUCUUCCCGCCCUGUGCCAUGGACACCGUUCUCGGAGGCCGCUCCCCACACGUGGAAAGGCCGCCCACAGUAUGCAGACACCCGGUCGGCCGGCAUCCUGGGGCCAUUCAGCUCCCCGGACCGCCCUCCCCCGCGUCGCCUCUCUACCCUCCCAAAGCUCCCGGAUUUUGGGCUUUCUGAGAAGCCUGGACGCCACGCGAGCCUGUUGCCUAGGCGACCGGCCCCGCGCGCCGGCCCGCCCCCUUCCGGCCAAAGGGCCCGCCCCUCCUGGGCGUGGCCUCGUGCCUUUGUGCACUUCCCGCCUGGCUCUCCGGUUCCGGGGCGGCCUCGGCUUCGGCCUCCGCCCCGCUGCGGCCGCCGCGGGUCCCCUCCGGGGUGGCCCCGAAAGCUGCGUUUGCCACGCUUGGCUGCCUGCUUUUCUCUGAUUUUCUUUCGCUUUGGACCCUGCUCUAUUUGCAUUGUCUUUUUUUCAGCAAGUCGGAGAACGGUGCCUUGUCAGUUUUCACCUUUCUCACCGGACUUUCUCUUUUCCGGAGAGCCGGGUUGGUGGUGCUGCCUGUGUAUUCCACGAACUAAGCCCUGUCCCCAGCCCUUGCAGUGUUUCUGUAUCAACUCCACGCCAGCGCGGUUCUCCAUUUUUCUUAGCCUCUUAAUUAGGACAGGGUCGGAUUUCAGCUUUUAUCCACCGGGUUUAUCCUGUUGCAAAGCAGAGUACACAGCUUUAGACACAAAAUAAUUGCAGUUGAAAUGGAUACACAUUCUGGUGGUAUAGCUGUGGACCAACUGUAUAUGAUCAUGCGCACCUUGGCCAUGCUUGCUCAUAUGUUAGAUUUGAUAUCAUUCGAAGGAUCCUAACCAAGGUUUUUGGAUGCAACAUAGUCAUGGUGAUGGGUAUUACAGAUGUAGAUGAUAAAAUCAUCAAAAGAGCCAAUGAGAUGAAUAUUUCCCCCGCUUCCCUCGCCAGUCUUUAUGAGGAAGACUUCAAGCAGGACAUGGCAGCCCUGAAGGUUCUCCCACCCACGGUGUACCUGAGGGUAACCGAAAAUAUUCCUCAGAUAAUUUCUUUCAUUGAAGGAAUCAUUGCUCGUGGGAACGCUUAUUCAACGGCAAAAGGCAAUGUCUACUUCGAUCUGAAGUCUAGAGGAGACAAGUAUGGCAAAUUGGUCGGCGUGGUCCCUGGUCCAGUCGGAGAGCCAGUGGACUCUGACAAGCGUCAUGCCAAUGACUUCGCCCUGUGGAAGGCGGCCAAACCCCAGGAGGUGUUCUGGGCCUCUCCCUGGGGACCCGGGAGGCCGGGCUGGCACAUCGAGUGCUCUGCCAUCGCUAGUAUGGUAUUUGGAAAUCAACUGGAUAUCCAUUCAGGUGGGAUAGAUUUAGCUUUUCCACAUCAUGAAAACGAAAUUGCACAGUGCGAAGUCUUUCAUCAGUGCGAGCAGUGGGGAAAUUAUUUUCUGCAUUCUGGGCAUUUGCACGCCAAAGGCAAAGAAGAAAAAAUGUCCAAAUCAUUAAAGAACUACAUUACUAUUAAGGACUUUCUGAAGACCUUUUCCCCCGAUGUCUUCCGGUUCUUCUGCCUGCGGAGCAGCUACCGCUCAGCCAUCGACUACAGUGACAGCGCCAUGCUCCAAGCUCAGCAGCUGCUCCUGGGGCUGGGCUCUUUCCUGGAGGACGCACGUGCCUACAUGAAGGGGCAGCUGGCCUGCGGCUCCGUCAGGGAAGCGAUGCUGUGGGAGAGGCUCUCCAGCACCAAGAGGGCCGUGAAGGCGGCCUUGGCAGAUGACUUUGACACACCCAGGGUGGUUGAUGCCAUCCUGGGCCUUGCACACCACGGGAAUGGACAGCUCAGGGCGUCCCUGAAGGAACCUGGAGGGCCGAGAAGUCCUGCUGUGUUUGGUGCCAUCAUCUCUUACUUUGAACAGUUUUUUGAAACUGUUGGAAUUUCUCUGGCAAAUCAACAGUACGUUUCAGGAGACGGCAGCGAGGCUACCUUGCAUGGUGUGGUGGACGAGCUGGUGCGGUUCCGGCAGAAGGUCCGGCAGUUUGCGCUGGCCAUGCCCGAGGCCACGGGGGACGCCCAGCGGCAGCAGCUCCUAGAAAGGCAGCCCCUGCUGGAAGCAUGCGACACCCUGCGCCGGGGCCUGACUGCCCACGGCAUCAACAUCAAGGACAGAAGCAGUACAACAUCCACGUGGGAACUGCUGGAUCAAAGGACAAAAGACCAAAAAUCAGCGGGCUGAGGAUGGAGCACAGCCAUGAACCUGCUCACGACAAGACGCACCCAUGCUUCUCACGGUCAAGGCUUUAUGUUGAAGCUUCCUGUCGGGGCUGCUAGGUCAGCAUUAAAGUAAGGCAACCAACAGUG